AUGGGUCUUGCGACAAGUCGCCUCGGACGUUUUGGCCAAAACAUCAAGAGAUCAGAGUCUGAGAUCCUCGAUGAUGCAUUAAAGCCCUUAACGGAUGACGAACGUAAGUCUUGGAAGGGAUGGUGUGAGUUAGAGAGUGAUCCAGCACUUUUUAACUACAUAUUACGAGAGUAUGGUGUCAAGGAUGUCAAAAUCCAGGAGGUUCUUGGCCUGGAGGACGAAAUGUUACAGUAUUUACGGAAACCAGUUUAUGGAUUAGUCUUCCUAUUCAAAUACAUAGAGGAUGACUCGGAAGAUGAAGAGACACCUCUAAAAUGUCCGAACCACAUAUGGUUUGCCAAUCAAACUACACAUAACGCCUGUGCUACUAUUGCCCUUCUGAACAUUGUUAUGAACGUCCCGAAUCUUGAUCUAGGGGACGGUAUUCGCAGUUUCAAGGAAGACACUCAAUCUCUAAAACCAGCAUACCGAGGUCAGAAACUCAGUCAGAACGAGUUUAUCCGAAACAUUCAUAAUUCAUUUGCUCGAAGAAUGGAUAUUUUGAAUGCAGAUUUGGGUCUCUCGAAUGAGGUUUCAGCUUGGAAGAAAAAGAGGAAAACGAAAAAGAAAUCUGGGAGAAGCAAGUCUAGGUCAGACGUGGAGUCAGGUUUUCAUUUUAUUGCAUUCGUUCCAGUAGAGGGCGUUGUGUGGAGACUCGAUGGCUUGCAACGUCAACCAGUCACUUUAGGGCCGUGUAAUGAUGACUGGAUUUCCGUUGCUCGUGCCAGUAUCUAUGAGCAGAUUAUCAAGUACGGCGAUGAUUUGCAGUUCAACCUUUUAUCUUUGUGUAGAAGUCCUCUUCGGAUAAUUCCACUAGAACUCGCCCAGAAUAUCCACGCCAUAAAGCGUGUUGAAGAUUUACUAGCACAACGGAUGUCUGAUUGGAACGACUUCAAUCAGGUUGAUGAUUCCGAACUGAUGAGGGGACCCUCGGAGGAAUUUGGUGUUACAGACAAACUACUUCACGAUACAGCACUUCCAGAGAGCACAUGUAAUAUACUCGAGCGAGAGAGUACUAAUGCGAGCGCCCUUCUUGGCCUACAGCAGCAGUGGGCUUCCGACCAAAAGGCACUACGCAUCGCUUACAGAGAAGAAUUGGCAUUGAUUGACGACGAGAAUGAGCAGGCAGCGAGACGGAAGAAAGACCAUACGCCAAUAGUCUAUCGUACAUUAAAGAGCCUAGCUGAUAAGGGAAUUCUAAAAGAGAUCAUAGACGAAGUUCAAGCAGUAUAA